CUUAUAGGAGGCAGAACAUUAAAUUUCACUUCUGGGGGAAAAAUAGUGGUCCGAAUGCUGAUUGCCGAAAGAUAAGCAGUGUCAAGGUCGCUAGCAGAAGAAAAACAAAUAUGGCGCUGUUUGAUAAGGAGAAGUUUGAAAAAGAUGGUUAUAUUGUUAUAGACGAUUUUUUAAGUGAGGAAGAUAUUACAGCUCUACGAUCAGAAUGUUGGAACAUGAUAGAAGAAAUGAAGCCAGAGGAACACUGUCCUUCUGUAUUUAAUACCACAGAUCCUAAAAAACAUUUGAGUAAUGAUUACUUUAUGACUAGUGGUGAUAAAAUUAGAUUUUUCUUUGAAGAAGGAGCAAUUGAUGACAAAGGAAAAUUACUGGUAGAUAAACAGCGAUCUAUAAAUAAAAUGGGACAUGCCUUCCAUGCUCUAAAUCCUGUUUAUAAAAGAGUCACAUUUAGUGAAAAAGUCAAGAAUAUUAUGAAAAGUUUAAAUCUUGUAGAUCCAGUUGUAUGUCAAAGCAUGUAUAUCUUUAAGCAACCCGGUAUUGGAGGCGAAGUGACCCCUCAUCAAGACAAUACUUUCUUAUAUACUGAACCAAUGAAGUUAUAUGGAUUGUGGAUUGCUUUAGAAGAUGCUACAAUAGAAAAUGGUUGUCUUUGGUUUAUACCAGGCUCUCAUAAAAAUGGUUUAUAUGGUAACCGACGUAUGAUACGAAAUCCUGAUACAACUCCUGGUCAACCACAUAUUGUAUUUACCGGUGAUGUAACCACAUUCAAUGAUGAUCAGUUUAUACCAGUUCCAGUUAAAAAAGGUAGUUGUGUUGUAUUACAUGGCGAGGUUGUUCAUAAAAGUCUCCACAAUAAAUCAGAAAAAUCUCGACAUAUUUACACAUUCCAUGUGUUCGAUAAGAAAGACACAGUUUACAGUCCUCAAAACUGGUUACAAGAAACUGAAGCUCUACCUUUUCCGUCUGUCUACAAUUACGCCUAAUAAUUAUCUUCAGCAUUUCAUAUACUUCCAGCAUUUACCGUUUAUGGCUUGUGAUAUAUCAUGAGAUUUUAUUCUGAUUUAUUUAAUUAUUUGUGAUAUCAUGAGAUUUAACUAUUCAACCAUUACACACACAGUUUGUGACUUGACAGUUAAAUUUCUAGUAAUAGCCAUCAUCAUGUCACCAUGGUUGGACAAAUUUCUUUAUUCUGUUCAGAUUUUACAAAGAUAUUCUUGAGCUAACUAUCCGUUAGAAGAAGCAUCUGCGGUAGAACAGAAUCACUUGGUCCAUACAUCAUACAUAAUUUAACUGGAUAGAUCCUUUUAGCCAAUGCUGGUCAAAUAUGUAAUACUGAACUGUUUUGUUGUGAAUGUGCUUGCCAAAGCUGGUCAAAUAUGUAAUACUGAACUGUUUUGUUGUGAAUGUGCUUAGAAACACUCAUCUGUUAAUGAAGCGCUAUAUAAAUCAAACAAUAAUAAUAAAUAACAAUGUAUUUGUAGUCUUUGUUUAUUGAAUUGUCUGAUGAAUGGGUUUUAUAAACUUGGAAGGGUUCAGUAAGGAGUGGUAUAAGGUGUUCAAGCUAGACUGCCAGAAACACUGCGAUUAUGUGGGCACUCGAUCAGGUCUGCUUCAACUGAGAGGACAGUUUUGGCUGUGAUUCUGAAACAUUCUAAAUUACUGGGAUUAUAAUGGUAUCCCCUGGGUAAUGCAGUAUCACUAGGGUCUCUCAGUAUCCCCAGGGUUUAACAGUAGGCCUUUUCCCAGGAUACAACAGUAUCCCCGGGGUUCAGCAGUGGGCCUAUUCCCAGGUUAGAGUAGUAUGAUUUAAUGUAUAUAUGUAUGAAUGAAAUAAAACAGUGAAUAUCAAGUUUUUAUGUAAAUGAAUGAUGAUAAUUUUUAAGGAUAAAAUUUUGUUCUAUCAUAAUUUUAAUCAAUAUACAGAUGUUAAAUGAUUUUAUUUUAAAAGAAAUUUAUUUUAGUACAGUAUACACUGUAAUACUAACUGUACUUAUUGUUCUAUUCUGUAUGUAUGUACUUUGAUAUGAAAAUAAUAUAUAUAUUUGAAAAAACUUGUCU